AUGCCGCAGACUGGGGCUCCGCAGCGGUCGCUCCAUUCAAUGCCGGUGCUCAUCACGCGUACCGUGUGGCAUCGCGGCAACAAUGACAAGCUGCAGAGACAGCUUGACGCCCUCCAGAAGAAGUACGACAAGCUGGCGUCCUCUACGACCUCCACAGCAGCCCCAGCAGGCGUUGCUGGAGACGAGCCCAAGGAGGACGCCAAAGAAAAACAGCUUCGUGACAGUAUUAAAGACUUCGAGACCGCCAUCAAGGCUGUGGGCAAGCUCAGCGACGGUGGCGGCGCGGCCAAGGCCUCCCUGGAGACGCAGCUUCGGGAGGCCAGGAAGGCCCUCUCGGAGUGCAAGCCGGCGCUCACGCAGCACACCAACACGGGCCACAAGUUGGCACGCAUGGUGGCGAAGCGCAAGCAGCUCGGCGGGCAGCACGCCGCGGCGGAGACGCCGAGGAGCGAGGUCUCCCGAGGCGCCACGCCUCGCGGCAGCCCCACGAGCCGCGUGGCGACGCCGUGGGCCGGGGCGGGCCCUCGCCGCAGCUGCCCGGGCGCGCUGCAGGCCGCCGGCUGCGCGGCCGCGGCGCGGGCCGAGCACCUCAAGGUGGCGCUCCGCGGCCUCGGCGCGGCACAGGCAUCAGCGCCUGGCGACGAUGUGCCCCCGCAGCCGCUCGCCCCGCGCGGCCCCCGCAGCUACGAGGCGCCUGCUCAGCAGUUUCCCUCCCGCGCGCGCGCAGCUGGCGACAGGGCUCGACGCGUCAGCGCGGCCGCCCACCGCGAGUGGCCGCGCCGACGGCGGGGCCGGGCCGGCAGCGCCCCCCCUCACGGCCCGAGGCGACGCAGCAGCGUCGCCGGCCCCCGCCUCCCCGCGGCCGCCCACCAGGGAGGGCCGGAGGCCAGGGAACACAGGCGGAGGCUCCGAGGAGGUCGCGCCCCUGCUGCGCAGGCAGAGGCGGCGCCAGACGGCGCCCGCCGCAGGAACGCUGCGCCGUCGGGGCGCCAGCAAGGAGC